CUCCCUUCUUCUAUUGAUCACUUCCUCUUUACAUUUUUAUUACACAGUCAAAGAUUAUAGCAUCAAGAAGAAAAGAUGAGGAAGCUCGUAGGGUUUAUAAUGGGGAGACGGGUUCGACGAGUCUCUAGAUGGAUUAUUGGGAAAACCCGGAUCCGUCGGUCCGGAUACAACCGGUUACACCCGACCAGACCAACUCGCAUGUUGACACUGCCGAUCACCAAACUCAAAAACUGGAGCCAACGUCUCACACAAAGGUUCAGCAUAUUGGGGUCUACGAGAAGAUCCGAAUGUAAACAUGACCCGGUUCCACGGGGACACUUGGCGGUUUACGUGGGUCAAAAAGAAGGUGACUUUCGCAGAGUUUUGGUGCCCAUUGUUUACUUUAACCAUCCUCUGUUCGGUGAGCUGCUCAGAGAAUCCGAAAAAGAGUAUGGAUUCCGACACGAAGGAGGCAUCACAAUACCUUGUCUGUAUUCAGACUUCCAACGUGUCAAAACCCGAAUCGCUUCCGGGUUGGAUUCUGAUCGGAUAUUUCCAUGGAGUCGUCUUUGCAGCAGUUAAAGACGAACAUAAGAACAUAAAGUUCAAAACGUUUUUCAGUGCUUUAUUUUUUUUACUGUUUUUCUAUCUUUCUACCUUUUUCUCUUUACUCUUUUUCGUAGUAGUGAGUUAUAAUAUAAGGUGGUAAUGUAAAUACUUGUUAUUAUCGCAAUAUGAUUAUAUUGGAUAAUGAUGUGAUUAGC